ACCAACCCCUUUCGACUGCUGAGCUACAUGCUCUCAUUUCUGCUCUGGAGUCUCUACUCACCAAUUUCGACAUCUUGCGCGACCUUUCGCUGCGUUUGGCGAGGGCGACGAAGACGCAGGCAUCUUCGAUCGAAGCAUAUUCCAAAGUUUUGAACAAUAUUCCCGCCGGAGCGAGGAAUGAGGGUACAAACACAGUCAUAGCGGUGAUGAGUGCAAGUGCAGCAUAUCUGGAGGAAAUCGGGCACGUUCAAUCCAAGUUCGCAAAGCACAUGGCGAAGGAAUACGAUGCUCUCAACACAUAUGCGGCCUCCCACUUUCGCACCCUCGCAAAAUCCGAAUCCCGCACAACCCAAACGCACCUCAAACUCUCCCGUCUCGCCGCCUCCCAAUCCGGCGCUUCCCCCCCACUACCUCGCCCAAAUCAACGCACCUCACAUUGAAUCACUCACGCUCACCCGCGCGCAGCGCAAAGCUGAUGCGGUUAUUGCAGCGAGUAUGUGUAGGCUCGCGAUGGGGUCUUAUGCAAUGGUGAGUGAGGGAGUGCAGAAGUGUGGGGGAAGGAUUGGGAGGGUGAAUGCCUGGGCACCGUUCUUAGGGAAGGGGGAUGGGAGUGUGUGGAGUGUGCCGAGUGGGUAUCCAAUUGCUGGUGGUGAGGCAGGAGGAGGCGACUAUUUUGGAGUGCCGCGACCGGUGAGUGGGAGUGGGACAUCUACGCCUGGGAGUACUGGGACGGGGAUGUCGACGCCGGGGACACCGAUGGUUUCUAUGUCACCCAUGUAUCCUCCAUCCACGCCAUCUAGCCUCAGUGUGGGCGCACCCUUGGCUCGAAGCCGCAGUCCGCUGAACGGUACCACUUCUGGUACCGGCCCCACCCCUCGUCGUCCCGUCAAUCCCUACCACCCGUCCUACGCACCCACCUCCACUGGAACCUUCAGCAGCACGAGCGGCUCAAGUAUGCCCUCCCCAACCCGUCAACAUGCAACACCCGCAACUUCUUUCGCACUUACCACGUCAACUCGUCCCUCCACCUCCUCUGCCUCAAUCUCCAUCGACGAUGUCGACGCCGAAGAGGAAGCGGAUGAAGGCCCGGAGGUGAAGGGACACGCACGUGCGCCUAGUACUUUCGCGUUAGCGAAGAAGACCAUUGCUACUGCGCCGACGACACUGACAGAUUCGGGUACGACGUCGACAUUGGAGGAGGAUCAGACAGGGAUGUGGGCUGCUGGAGACAACGGCGCGUUCGUGGGGAUGGAAGGGGGGAAUGACAGGGUAAUGGGUGUGGGGAGGAGGCCGCAGUUUGGGCAGUAUGCUGCGUAUGGGAAAUAGUAGAUUAGAGGUCGAG